AUGGUUAAUAGACUGAGUGCUUUGGAACUUGGCCGUCCACUCGCAAUUAUUGACGAGGACUGUGAUAUUUCACUUCCAUCCUCGAUCGAAGAGCAACUUAUCCAAGAAGACACUCCGGCCCCAGAUCAGAAAUCAAAUCCCUUACUCGUUAUAGUCCACAUAAUGCGCUGCGUUUCGCAACUUACGAAAGCUCUCAAAAGUUUGGUUAUAUCGAGUGAUACCCUGGAGCUAUUUGAUCGGCAUUUCCGGGCUUGUUUAAACAGCUUCCCGGCGGAUUAUCACAUGCAGUCAAAUCAAUACUUGGAUCCACGAUCGCUUUCGCCUGUUAUUAUUCUCCAGAACACUAGGUUAGUUCUACACCGCCAUAACCUCUCUCCCGGAUGUCCACCGGAGAUCCGGAAUAUCGCCAUGGAUCAUUGUUUGGCAGUUGCUCGCGAUACCACCGGGAUUCUAACCAGAUGCAUGCGCUCGCCAACCUCUGGAGAACCUGGAGCACCUUCGAAAGUAAACGGCGAUGACUGGCGCUAUCUAUUAGCUGCUGCCGCCACUUCCGUGAUUUGCAAGCAUAUCUGGCGAUGCAUUUUGCUACUGUUAUGCAGAGCCGAUUAUGCUGCUGCGCUAGUGUGCAUACAAGCCUGCUCUGCAAUCGGAGAUGCCAGAGCAGUGAACAUUGCUUCGGGGCGAUACAUCACUUUCUUCUUGAAGUUUUUACUUGAAAAGCAGCAAAAAGAAGGUUCCUUCAACUUUGUGGAUGAUGAGGAGCUGAUGGCCUACGUGUCGGGCGAUCUGCAAAGUUCUAUGGAUACCUCAUGGGUUUGGAGGUCAACUUGCUCCAACCCGUCCUUAGAUCUGGGGGGCAAGCCACCAUCUAGCACGCUAGUCACAUCAAACCCGCCAUUGAAGACGGAGUCUGCGGACACCGAUCGAGCAGAUGGUGCUGAAACUGAUGACCAAGCACAAGAUUGGGAAGGCUGGGGCUGGGUUGAAAUGGUAACGCAGCGCUUGUUAGCUGAGCAGCAACAGCAGAACAAUGCUAUUUCUCCUAACGGUCUAGACAAUCCGCGUCUUGAUCGCCCAGUCCCUAAUGGCGUUAACGACUCUUGCCGCUCUCCCGAGACAGCAACCAGCCCAUGUCAAAAGAGCAACAUCUCUAAGAUGACAAUUGCGAAUAUUAUAUGA